AUGCCCUUCAACGACUCUGCCACUAGCAAGGCCGACGAUGAUGCACUGCCACUUCCCGAAGCCAGCGAGUUGUAUUGCCCGGACGUCGAUACUUCUCAUGUUGACGAACGUAGAUUACUUCGAAAAAUCGACGUUCGCGUGAUUCCUUGUCUUGCGGUGCUUUAUCUCCUCAACUUCCUGGAUCGAGGCGCGAUAGGCAACGCAAAGCUUUACCAUAUGGAGCAAGAUCUGCAUAUCACAGACCGUCAAUAUCUCAUUGCACUGACGGUCUUUUUCUUCCCAUACGCAUUGUUCGAGCCCGCCAGCAACGUUCUUCUCAAGAGUAUGCGCCCCUCCGUAUGGCUUUCUUCUCUGAUGCUCCUCUGGGGAAUCGUUAUGACAUUACACGGUGUUCUCCACAAUUACGGCGGCCUCAUCGGACUACGUUUUUUGCUCGGGUUUUUUGAGAGCGGCCUUUAUCCGGGUAUCGUCUUCUAUAUCUCAUGUUGGUACAAACACUCAGAACUGGGAACAAGGGUUGCCCUCUUCUUCUCAUCUGCCACUGUCGCCGGAGCCUUUAGCGGUCUACUCGCGGCCGCGAUAUCCAACAUGGACGGCGUCGGUGGAAGACCUGGCUGGGCAUGGAUAUUUAUCAUCGAGGGGUUGGUCACAGUUGUCUGCGCUGUGGUUGCGUACUGGAUCGUGCAAGAUUACCCCGAAACGGCCCGGUUCCUGAAUGAACCACAACGUGUUUACGUCAUACGGCGUCUGCGCGAGGAUAUGCAGCUCAGCGCUGGUGGAGAGCAAUUCAAGGUCAAAUAUAUCUGGCAGAGUUUGAAAGACUGGAAAACAUGGAUAGCUAUGGGUAUAUAUAUGGGGUUCGACGGCCCAUUGUUCGCCUUUUCUUUAUUCACGCCAACUAUCAUCAAGGAGAGCUUGCUACUAAACCCUUCCAUAGGGUUCGAAGCCACCGCGGCGAAUUUACUGUCCGUUCCUGUCUACGCAUGGGCUUGCAUUGUGACUGUCGGCAUUGGCAUGCUUGGGGACAGGUUGGGAUCGAGAGGUUACAUCAAUUUAUGCUUAUUUGGAACAGGACUGGUUGGCUACAUAAUCCUCAUAGCUUCAAGCAACGCGGCGCUCUCAUAUUUUGCCGUAUAUCUUGCUGCUGCAGCUUGGCUGUCAAGCAAUGUAGAGGGAUCCUAUAAGCGCAGUGUGACGCUCGCCAUGGCAAUCGGAUGGGGUAAUUUAAAUGGUGCCGUGACAUCGAACGUGUAUCGUGCAAAGGAUGCGCCGUGGUACCGCCUUGGCCAUGGCAUCGUCCUCGCGUACAUUGCGAUCGGCUGGAUCUGUUCUGCCGUCUUUAUGAUACUGCUCAAGAGAGAAAACAAAGCCAGAGAAGCCGGCAAGCGAGAUGAAGUGAUCGUCGGUGUCGAUAACAAACGCGCAGAUACGAAGAACGGCCACUACGAAUCAGUCCUAGCGGCCCGCCGAGACAAAGGCGAUAAGUGGAGUGGCUUCCGGUAUGUCACUUGA